AUAGUAGGCGGAGUCUAUUUUUAAAGGCGGGAAGAUGUCGGCAAACAACAACUCUGGAGCAGGCAAGGGAUUGCCUCUUGCUAGGAAACGAACUGAUAGGAGAUCAUCAAUAUUGAAGCCCUCAAAGUCAGAUGCCCUCUCUUCAUCUAUAUUGGCAGAUAAAAGAGGACAGAUGGAGAAGAGAAGAGUUAGCUUUAAUCAGAAUAUCCUCGUCAAGGAGUUUGCGAAACAAAAGGAAAAGAAACAGAAUGACUCUGUCGAAUCUUCGGGUUCAGAGACUUCGGCCACUAACCUCUCUAAAGUGUAUGAGACCCAAGCCAACGAGUCCUUCUUCCAAAUCUCCACUCCAACCAUCGGAGCUAAGAAGAGACGCAUCACUGGGCUACCUGAUCGACUCUCUAUCAUUCCUCAAGCAUAUAAACCGGACCUUGAAGACGACCUUGAGUUUGAGCCUUAUGCUGAAGAGAGUCCAGGAAUUACAGAAAAAGGUGCCAUCAUAGAACAACCACCUCAGCAGCAGUCUUUCAUUGGGGGAGAGAUCAGUGAUAAGGAGAAUCAGGAGCAGAUACUGGAACCAGAACCAGUACAGCAGCAGGUUGAUCCUGUACCUCUUACUUGUAAUCCUGACCAGUUCCUUCAAGCAUCAGUUGUUACCAUCAACCAAUCAGUGGAUAUGAGCCUUACUUUAGGAGCUACCUCAGUUCAGCUGCAGUUAGGAUCAUCUAAAGACUCCAGUGAGCCCAAGACUGAUGCACAUGGACCAGCUGGUACCAUCAACCAGUCAGAAGACAUGAGCUUGACAUUAGGGGCCACUUCAUAUACUACUUCAGUUCAGUUACCUAAGACUGAUGCACAUGUAUCAGGAGGAGCACCUGAUGGCCCUACACAGCAGCAACAACAAGUCUUUGAAGAGGAGUCUUUGUCUAAACCAGAGAAGGAUCAGGAAGGGCCGGUCCCUGUAGCUUCAGUUCAAGCUAUUCAACAAGAAGAAGAGAGGCACCAUGUUUCUGUAACCAAACCUACACGUAUUGAUGAGCAGCAACUCUCUCCUAAGUUCUGCUAUGACUCCCCAGUAGUAGAUAAUAUGGAUUAUAAGAAUAUGGAUACUCCAGUACCGAUAUCACCUGACAGCAUUUCCAAUACUUAUAAAGCUAAUAAUAAUGAUGGUAGUUAUUGUGCGAAUUCUGAUUCCUCGCUCGAUGUCACAUGUCACGAUAAAUCAAUGUUUUCUCAUGCUGGGGGUACACUCCUCAGUGGAGAUAUGUCCAUGACGUAUGACGAUUCUAAUAUAUUUGACGUAUCUGAUGGUGACUGUAUUCCUAAGGGACCCAGUGAAGCUAUCCAGCAACAUCUUCCUCCUACCACUUCUCAUUUACCAGUUACAACUGGUAACACUUCAUCAAAUAAAGCGGACAAUCCUUCACAUACCAGUAUUGUACAUCCACCAGUUACUGCUCCUGCUAGCACACGUGUUGAGUCUUUUCUUCAAAACCUUCCCCCAAGUACUCAAAACUUAGCGCAGACACUAGAAACCUUACCUCCUCCCCCAAUGACUAGUGGGCCAGUGGUCGCUGCUCCUGUAUCAUCAUCAGAUAUCAGUCAGAGAUUGCCUUCUCCCCCUCCAUCUCUCACACAAUCAGUUGACAUGUCAUUAGUGACCCCUACUGGAUCCUUUUGUAUGCCAAUUGAGAAAAAUGUUCCCCUUCCAUCAACUUCACAAAUAAUGGCAGCUCCUCAUGCUUCUGUCAUGGAAGAUCUACCUCUUCCUAUAAUGGCCCCUCCUGAUAAUGUCCAUUCUUCUAUUAGACAAGAUAUAUCUCUUCCUAUAGUCAAUACUUCAGUAGCUCCUACUUAUACUAGUCUACACUCUCAGGUCAAUACCUCAGUAGGUCCUACUAAUGGCCGCCACUCUCACUCAUUCAAAGCUGCAGUAGACAGCAAGUCAGGCAGUACUACAUCAGGAGAGAAGACAUCUAAAUUGCCAGCAGCUCUGUCUCUUAUUCCUGAUACUGACAGUCGUACAGCUCCCAUUUCUACAGCUAAUACAUCAAUAGGUUCUACUAGUCAGACUUAUGCUCAGAUACACAGUAUGGAUAUACAGGUUACUGUAGAGCCUCCUACUCAAUUAGCUGCUCCAGAUCAAUCUUUCACUUCUGCUGAUAGUGAGCAUAAUGUUAGUCAUCCUCCUCCUCCUCUUGAAGCUGUAGCUGCUCCUGAUGAUAAUAAAUCUUAUAACAUUAAGAAUCGUACUAUAGAGAAGAUCCCUCAUCUUCCUAAAUCUCCUCUUUGUAUCUCUCACUCAGCUAAUGUGUCUUCAGUGGAGUCUACUAGUAAUGAUACUAACAAGAAGCAACUUCCACUUCCUUUUGCAUUAACCGAUACGUCAGUACCUAAUAUUGAAGAUGAGGCUGAGCCUCCUAUAGAAGCUAAUAUUGAGAAGCAACCUUGCAAUACAUCUGCAGUUGCUCCUAGUGUACAUCCUAUUGAGAAUAAGGCUGGCCCUCCUCAUACACCAUCAGUAAUUGUCGCUCCUAAUGAUUCAAUGGCUUCCACUAGUACUCAUCAAACUGAAGCAUCAGUGAGUACAGCUCACAGUGAAGUUGCUGAUCUUAUACAUCAUUCCUUCAAUGUCUCUGCUGGUCAGAAGCACCCCAGUAGCUCCUCUACUAUAGCUGUGUCUAAAAAGUUAGCCAUCACUCCUAAAUCAGGCACUAGGACCAUGUCAGGACUCAAGUCUCCUUAUAUGCCUGACUAUAGUGGCCCUAAUACUUAUGUACAGCAGCGGACUGGUAGCUUAAAGAAGACAAAAGAACAGCAACUCAGUAGUAGUCUAAAGAAACCUAAAGUACAGCGAAGAACAAACGAGCCUCUUUCAAGGUCCAUGCAAUUGAGGUCAUCGUCCACAGGAAAGAAGCAACAGUCAAUGGAUCCCAUUAGGCCAUCAAUACAACAUGGCCAGAGAUCAAUGGAGUCCUCAUAUCAACAGGAACAAGUCUCUAGACCUUCUACUAGAGCUUCUCUUAAUAGAACCGGUGUCUCUGAUACAAGAAGUACUUCUACAUUCAUAGUACAACCAGCAGCAGUUCUUGUACCUGAACCAGAUGAAGAAUGUAUUGAGGAAGAGGAACCAAAUGACAGGACAUUUGUAAUUCACACUAGUUCUCUCCAUCAGUCUGCACAAUUGGAUGGUUCUCCUGAGCUUGAUGACACUGUUGUCCUAGAGCAAAGCAAUAAAGAUACAAACUGGAUCAACGAAGUCUCCGAAAUUGAUUUUGUCGAGAACACUCCAGCAAGCAACACUCCAGUCCCUCGCCGGUACUUGACUCGUAGCGCCAGUAAAACUGGUUCACCUCGUCCUACUAGUGCUAGUAAGAUACCCAAACUGACCCCACGUAGGGCAAAAGGCCAGUCUGCUAGUAAAGCAAGUAAAGCUAGACUGGAGCGAAUAGCAACUGGUAUGGCAGCACUGCAGGAUGAUACACUUAGCACUGGUAGAAAGUUUGAUGAUUCACUUCAUAUACACACACCUGAGAUUCUUGUAUUGGAUGAAACUGUCAAUCAGACAACUUUCAUGGAAGGAGAUGAUUUGUUAGAUUCUACUGUGGCCUCUUCAUCUACUGGUACUGACUUUCUUAAAAGAAUAGUUGUGGCUGCUAAUGCAAAUGAAACUAUAAACUUAGUGGAAGAGUAUGAGAAGCAGGAGAAGGAGAGAGAGAAGGAAAGGAAGAGGAAAGAAGAACUCCAGAGAUUAGAAGAGGAGAGAAAGGAGGAAGAAUUAAAAAGAUUGGAAGAGGAGAGAAGGAGAAAGGAAGAGCUUGAAGAAUUGGAAGAGGAAAGGAAGAGAAAAGAAGAGCUUGAGAGAUUGGAGGAGGAAAGGAAGAAGGAACAAGAACUUAAAAGAUUGGAGGAGGAGAGGAGGAGAAAGGAAGAGCUUAAAAGAUUGGAGGAGGAAAGGAAGAAGGAAGAAGAACUUAAAAGAUUGGAAGAGGAGAGGAGGAGAAAGGAAGAGCUUAAAAGAUUGGAGGAGGAGGAGGAGAGAAAGAAGGAAGAAGAGAGACUGGAGGUGGAACGAAAAAAUCAAGAAGAAGCAAAAAGACUUGAAGAUGAGAGGAAGAGACUGGAAGAGCUUGCACUUUUAGAAGAAGAAAGGAAGAAAAGAGAAGAGAAUGAAAGGCUAGAACAAGAACAACUGAGGCUUGAGGAAGAAAAAAGAAAGAGAGAGGAAGAUGAACGUCAACGAUUAGAAGAGGAAAAGAGAAGAGAAGAAGAGAGAAAGAAGAGAGAAGAGAAUGAAAGGCAACUGAGACUAGAAGAAGAAGAACGUCAACGAUUAGAAGAGGAAAGAAAGAGAGAGGAAGAGGAGAGACAGCGACAGGAAGAAGAACGUGAACAAUUAGAAGAGCAAAGAAGAAGAGAAGAAGAGCAAAAGAAAAGAGAAGAGAAUGAAAGAUUAGAACAAGAGCGACUGAGGCUUGAGGAAGAAGAAAUAAAAAGACAAGAAGAAGAACGUCAGCGGUUAGAAGAGGAAAGGAGAAGGGAAGAAGAAGAGAGAAAGAGACAAGAGGUUCUUAACAAGCGGAUAGAGGAGGAGAGACAAAGACGGAGACAAGAGGAAAGUAGAAGACAAGAGGAGAGCAGGAGACAAGAAGAAGAAAGAGAAGAAGAAGGAAAGGAUGACGACACAACUACACAAGAGAGAGGAGAAAAGUGUGCAGUUAGUGAAGAAUCUAAAGUGAUUGAGACAAACUCAGUUCAACCUUCAAUCCUCUUCAUUGAUGUCUUAAGGAGAGUAGAAAGAAAGGUAACAUCAGUUUUUGAUAUGAUCAAUUUAAGGCUACUUGAUGAUGGACCAAGAUUCAAGAAAGACUUGAAACACCUUCAUGGAGUAGCCUAUUCAUCUCUUUUGGUUAUUCGUUGUAUGCUAAACUAUGCAAGAUCCAGUAGCCUACAGUCACCUCAUUGCAAUAUAGUGAUACCUGAUACUGCCCCUGGUCUGUUCCCUAAUGGCAAUGAUGGAUCUGGAUCAAUGGAAGAGAAGGAGGAAUGGGUCAAGAAUCUACUACAAGUGAUGGAUUACUAUAUUAAUGGAUUAAUGAAGAAAAGCAUCAAAGAGACAUAUGAACAACAUUAUGAAUGGAAGGUAUCAUUUUGGUGCAACGAGUAUGCGGAUAUUGUAUUCAAGAAGAGAAAUAUAAAACUAAGAGUGAAUCUAAGCACUAAAGGGAUACUUCCUUCUCGAACUUGGGCUGUUCAUCGCUGUCAGAAGAUUGAUUCUAUUCACUUUUCGUCACUAACUGAAGAUGCAAAAGUAGAACAGUUUCAAACACACAAUUUUAAGCACAACUCCACAAUUUGGGAUAUACCAAUGUUGAUCCAGGAAGUCUUGCAGAUUUAAAGCCAUUUUAAAGAUUAGAACUUUACAGUUAUUAGCCGUCGAGAUCAUGUUUUUGUCUUAUAAUUAAUGUUAUUAUCAAUUUAUUAAUAUUAUUGCACACAGACAUUAUAAGUAUAAAAUUUUAAGUGAUAAAACAUCUCAAAUUAUGUCACUUUCAACUUCGACUCUA